AUGACUACUAGUAACGGCUUCGAAUCGCCGCGUGAGUCCGUUGCGGCAGCGGCGGCAUGCAGCUCUCAGUUGCGGGAGGCUGCUGAACGGGCACGAAAGGAUCCCUCCAAAGAUAUUGGUCUGACAACAGAGGAACUUCAGGAGCGGAAAAGGUGCGCUGCGGAGCCACACCGUUUCGUAAGUAAGUCCACAAGUCGCCCUUUUGAGGUGAAGAGUUCCUCGCGGGCGCAGCAGAUUAUGACUAAGGGUGUGGUGGAGCGACAAGUCACAGCACGGCAGAAGGAGGUGCUUCGGAAGGUAUCUUCACUCCGUAAACUGCAGGUGGGUCUUUUUUUUGUUGGUGUCGGGUUUGCGUACUGGGUGGGGGUGGAGUUCCUGCUGCCGCAUUACGCUGCCGUACAGGAGCGGAACCGCAUUUUGAGGUUGCGGUACGAGAUGGCGCAGAGGAAGCGCGAGGAGCACUUACGAGUGCAGGGGUCAUCGCAGUGA